AUGUCUCCUAAAUUCGCUCUUGCAAUUCUGCUGCUCAGCUGCGUUCUCCUAGGAAUGGCCAAUGCCCAGCAAAACAGGCGCCCUCAGCAGUCUAGACCUUCCCGACCAAACAUCGUGCCCCGAUUGCAUCAGGAGGCCCCUCCGGCUGAGGAUGCUGAAGCCAGUGGUGGUUUUGCCCCCGUGGAUUGCGUGCCCAAUCUACUGGCUGGUAACAUCCGUGAUACCAGGAAACCUAGGCCCAAGCCAUAG